GCAAUCUAGCGGCAACACCAAAAUCACCAGUUGGUCACCAGUACGCACGUGAAGGCCGCCCGGUGAUAGGUGGCGGUGAGUCAGUGGCAGGUGGGCGUGCGUGGGCGUGGUUAGGAGCAUGGCCGCCACUCUGCCUGUUGAGAGUGAUGGCUCGUGUCACAAGGGCGAGAGGAAGGCAAGGAAGCAGUGGAGUGUGCAGGCUGGUGGGCCUAAGGGUUUGCUGCGGAGAAUGCGUAGCCAGCUGGCGGAGGAUGGGUGUCCAGAGAGCCAGCUGGUGAUGGGACGCACCCUACUGGACCAGCUGAGCCAGGGAGGAGGUGAAGGAGGAGGAGGAGGAGGAGGGGAAGAAGGCAGUGAAUGGGAGGAGGAGGCAAGGUUGGCAGUGUUUUGGCUAACGCGCGCAUCCCACCAGGGAGCUGAGGCCACACACCUCCUACAACACUGCCUGGAGACAAACACAGGCAUUUGUGAGCAUAACUACCAUGAGGUCCGGGAGUGUCUGUCCAUGGAGCUGCAGGAGAAGCUGGCAAGGCGGGCUGGACGACUACUGUUUGCAAGCAUAAGUGACGGGAAUGAGGUUGUGAGCAGUAGCAGUUUGGCGCGUAGAAUACAGGAAGUGGUGGCAGGGGAUGUGGCCGCCCCUGCACUGACCCCAAGGCACAGCCAGCCAGACCCCACAGCCUCAGCAGCCCCCACAGCAUCCAAGAGUCCCAACACAGCCAGCCUGGAGGAGCUUUAUGGCGGAGAACGUUAUACUGAAGACCACAUCAUUUCAGCGGCUAUUCUUCACCACCAUGGCUGCAUUCCCCCCCUGCAUCACCUCCUGGCCCUCCCCCUCACCCCCACACACCACCGCAGCCCCUCCGCACUCCACUCUCUCACCCACAAGCCCCUCAAACUCCUGCGAGAUGUUUACGAUGCGUUUUUGCAGUUUUUCGCAGUCAGUUUGGUGUGUUUUGUUAGACGAUAUGGUGUUUUUGUUAGCGCAUUUUGUAUUGUGGUGUUGUCUGUGGUGUUGUAUGUGUUUGGUUUGCGUCUGUCGGUGUUUAGCGGUGUCCUGCCAGUCGUGGUGUUCUGCUUAGGGUUUGUGGUGAUGGUGGCUGCAUCCUCGGCCAUUUUGCUCAACGGAAAACGGCUUUCAUGUCAUCAAAUGUGGUCGAAAGUGUUUGUUUACUUCUGUGGCGAGCUGGACGUCUCUGUUUCCGAGAGGCGGUUUAGGGCACAGUGCUGGCGGCCUUACGUUUUACUGUGUUUGUCUGUGUGUGUGUUUGUCAGUGCGUCACCUCUUGUCACACACACACUGGUUGUCGUUUGUCUGCCGCUACUCUGUCUGUUUAGCGUAUUCAUGUUUUUUGCCGCUGUUGACCACUUGGCGUUCUGGCACCUUGUCUCGCUGGCUCUCUACCUCCUUGCAGUUAAUCCGAGUGUGGUAGAUGUGGUGGGGGUCGGUGGUGUGGUACGUGGUGUUUUAAAGGCCAUAGGUGUGGGGGAGUGGGUGUUUGGGGGUUCAGUUCAGGUAUGGGGUGGUGUAAACAUGAAUUUUGGUGUUGGAACGAUCAUACACCUGCUGUGGUUCGUGUCGCUGGUGUGUGUUGGUGUGCGUGGCGCCACAAAUUUACUGCCACACUUAGCAGGGUUGGUGUGGGUUCACUUAGCUGUGGUGGGGUGUGGGAAGGUGACAGCUGUGCGAGAGGUGCUGUUUCCAAUCGCUGUGUGGCUUGUGCUGUUCUUGAUCCCUGCAGCUGGCUCGAUCACUGUGCUGUGUCUCCCGGCGGUCCUGUGUGCUGUGGUGUAUAAAAUCGGAGCAACUGAAGAAAUCCUAGCUGUGGUUUUCGUUCUGUGUGGCUGUGUGGCGUUUUACUCCCAGCGUGUGUGGCCGCGAUUAACCUCUGCGGUGUUUAAAGUCGCCAUACUGUUCGCUGUGGCAUUAACUCUUCUUAAACCUAACGCUGUCUUCACCCCUACACCCAGGCAACACUCGGCCCUGCAGUGGGAUGUGUACAAGAACGUCUGUGCUGCUAAAACUACACAUGCACAAAAUAUACACCUCUGCGCCCCACUGGUUGGCACCGCAGUCAAGUGGCGUGGCACUGUCUUGCAAGUGACAGUGACAGAAACCACGAACGCACCUUUAAAAAUCUUAUCAUUUUUACCUACAUUUCUCGAGCACCCUGUUAAGUGUUUCCUCGGCCACAGCUUCCCACAGUGCAACAGCAAGGACGCAGUAACGCAGAGUAGGUGUCUAGCUAUCCGUGGUGCCUUAGGGGGGGCGGCCUGCUCCUUAGACGGUUGGAAUGAGUAUCAAUUCGCCGCAAGACUUGUCAUGCAAGAGUCUUAUUGGAACAGCGGAGAUGCGGAAGUUAGUUUGCACGCAGAUAACACCUUUGCAAACUUCAUGCUGGGUUUGAAGGGGGGGGAGGUGGUGGAGUUUACCGGCACUAUGGUAGAUGGGGUAGGCACUCAUCACCUCUCUCUCUCUCUCUCGGCGAUUAAAUGCGUCUCUUGUAAACUCAAAGAAUGUCCGGAAAAAAUGACGUUUAAUAGUGUUUCGAAAUCGGAACUCUCGGAUUUGUUUUUCCAAGCGGUUCGUGGUGUUUUUAAUUUCAUUUUUUCACCGACGUUAACUCUGUGAUGUGUUUGGCGGUGUUUUGUUUGUGUGUGUGUGUGUGUUUUUGGGGUGUUGUGGGUGUGUGUGUGUGUGUGUGUGUGUGUGUGUGGGGAAGAAGGGGUGAUUUCUGUGUAUGGUAGAGUACAAAAUGCACAUACACACACACACACACACACACACACACACACACACACACAGAAUAUAAACUCACUCAAAAAUAUUCUCACUCAACUAACAAAACCCUCUCUCUCUCUCUCUCUCUCUCUCUCUCUCUCUCUCUCUCUCUCUCUCUCUCAAAUCACAAAAUAGGUGCUUGUUACUAUCACUACUACUACUACUACUACUACUACUACUUUUCCUAACAGUGGUGAUGCUGCGACAAUUAAUUCCAGGUGUUGAUAAAAUGGUGUAUAUUUUUGUAACUUGUGGUGUUGAUACGGAGAAAUUAUGUGUGCUUGUCUAAUAUGGUGUUGCAGUGUGUGUGUGUGUGUGUGUGUGUGUGUGUGUGUGUGUGUGUGUGUGUGUGUGUGAAGAGGAAAGAAAGUUAAAAGGA